AUGUUAAUUGUUGGAAAUGGAAAAAGGUUUCUUUCUAGAUCUUGCCAGUUGUUACUGAAACCAUUCAAGGUUGCAAUUGUUGGCACAGGACCAGGUGGGUUUUAUACUGCGCAUCAUUUACUAAAUAAAUCAGGUCCGGAAAAGGAUAUUCAUAUUGACUUUUUCGAAAAGUUACCGACACCUUUUGGAUUAAGCAGGUAUGGUGUAGCCCCAGACCAUCCGGAAGUGAAAAACUGCGAAGAGUUUUUGACGGACUUGAUGAAAGAUUAUAGAGCUUCAACACAAAAUAAGCGACACAGAGUUCGAUUUAUUGGAAACGUUGAAAUUGGUAAGGAUAUUAAACUCGGUGAUCUCGAAAGUCAUUACAACUCCAUUGUUUUGGCAUAUGGGUCUACUGCUAGUGAUAAUAAGCUAGAUAUUCCUGGUGCAAACCUGCCACAGGUGAUUCCAGCUCGACAAUUUGUCAACUGGUAUAAUGGCCACCCAGACUGUUAUAAUACAAAAAACAAGUACCAGCCUCCUCCUUUGGAUAAAAUCAAGGAUGUAACCAUUAUAGGAAAUGGAAAUGUAGCGUUAGAUGUUGCAAGAAUUUUGUUAGCAAACCCAACUACUCAUUGGAAGCAUACUGACAUUUCGACUGAGGCGGAAAAGUUGCUUGAAAAGAGUACAGUCAAAAAUGUACGCAUUGUUGCCAGAAGAGGCAUUUUGGAGUCUGCAUUUUCGAAUAAAGAAAUCCGAGAGCUUCUUGAGCUAAAAGGUGUCCAAUUUAUACCUGUUGACACCGAUUUAUUGCAAGAAGUUGCUGCAAAGAAAUUGGGACGAGUCGAUAAGAGAAGGGUAUCUUUAUUGGAGAAAUAUAGUAGAGGACAACUGAGUGCAGAUAAAGAUGACAAACUUGAUGCUUCAAAGAUUGAAAAGCGCACUUGGAGUUUGGAAUAUUUUCUUAGUCCCGUAGAGUUUGUCAAUGAUGAGAAUGGCAACUUGGUUGAAACAAUAUUCAGGAAAAACAAGCCUAUUGAUGACCCACUUCUACCUGGACGUAUAGAAACAACUGAGACCCGUAUCAAAGUGGAGAACCAGCUAGUGAUUCUUUCAAUAGGGUACAAGGGUACACCAAUUGAUGGGUUUGAAGAGCUUGGAAUCUGGUUUGAAAAGAACAAAUUGCAUAACAAAGGUGGAAGAAUUUUAAAGAAAAUUUCCGAAAAGGAAAAUGAGGUAAAUGCAACUUACAAAAAAGGUUGGCACACUUCUGGCUGGAUCAAGAACGGACCCAAAGGUGUAAUUGCCACCACUAUGAUGGAUUCCUUUGACACUGCUGAGAAUAUCUUGGAAGAUAUGACUAAUGGUGUGUACAUCGAUGUAGCCAAGGACUCAGAUAUAACCGAUAAGCUUGCAAAAGAAAUAGUCUUGUGGGACAAUUGGGAAAAAUUGGACCAAUACGAACUAGAAGAAGGCAAAAAGCUAGAGAAGAGCAGGUACAAAGUUUGCAAUAAGGAAGACAUGUUGAAAGUAUGUAAAUAA